UGGGGAGCAGUUUCAACAAAGGAGCAGUAGGAAGGCGAUAUACGUGAAAAGAAGAUAAUUCUACAGUGCGAUUUGAAAGGGGAAAAAAAAAUAGGUCAAAAUGCAGAUCUUCGUCAAAACCCUCACAGGCAAAACUAUUACCCUGGAGGUGGAGCCCAGCGACACCAUUGAGAACGUGAAGGCCAAGAUCCAGGACAAAGAAGGCAUUCCCCCUGACCAGCAGAGGCUGAUCUUCGCCGGCAAGCAGCUGGAAGAUGGCCGCACCCUAUCCGACUACAACAUCCAGAAAGAAUCCACCCUGCACUUGGUGCUUCGUCUCAGGGGCGGCAUGCAGAUCUUCGUCAAAACCCUCACAGGCAAAACUAUUACCCUGGAGGUGGAGCCCAGCGACACCAUUGAGAACGUGAAGGCCAAGAUCCAGGACAAAGAAGGCAUUCCCCCUGACCAGCAGAGGCUGAUCUUCGCCGGCAAGCAGCUGGAAGAUGGCCGCACCCUAUCCGACUACAACAUCCAGAAAGAAUCCACCCUGCACUUGGUGCUUCGUCUCAGGGGCGGCAUGCAGAUCUUCGUCAAAACCCUCACAGGCAAAACUAUUACCCUGGAGGUGGAGCCCAGCGACACCAUUGAGAACGUGAAGGCCAAGAUCCAGGACAAAGAAGGCAUUCCCCCUGACCAGCAGAGGCUGAUCUUCGCCGGCAAGCAGCUGGAAGAUGGCCGCACCCUAUCCGACUACAACAUCCAGAAAGAAUCCACCCUGCACUUGGUGCUUCGUCUCAGGGGCGGCAUGCAGAUCUUCGUCAAAACCCUCACAGGCAAAACUAUUACCCUGGAGGUGGAGCCCAGCGACACCAUUGAGAACGUGAAGGCCAAGAUCCAGGACAAAGAAGGCAUUCCCCCUGACCAGCAGAGGCUGAUCUUCGCCGGCAAGCAGCUGGAAGAUGGCCGCACCCUAUCCGACUACAACAUCCAGAAAGAAUCCACCCUGCACUUGGUGCUUCGUCUCAGGGGCGGCAUGCAGAUCUUCGUCAAAACCCUCACAGGCAAAACCAUUACCCUGGAGGUGGAGCCCAGCGACACCAUUGAGAACGUGAAGGCCAAGAUCCAGGACAAAGAAGGCAUUCCCCCUGACCAGCAGAGGCUGAUCUUCGCCGGCAAGCAGCUGGAAGAUGGCCGCACCCUAUCCGACUACAACAUCCAGAAAGAAUCCACCCUGCACUUGGUGCUUCGUCUCAGGGGCGGCAUGCAGAUCUUCGUCAAAACCCUCACAGGCAAAACCAUUACCCUGGAGGUGGAGCCCAGCGACACCAUUGAGAACGUGAAGGCCAAGAUCCAGGACAAAGAAGGCAUUCCCCCUGACCAGCAGAGGCUGAUCUUCGCCGGCAAGCAGCUGGAAGAUGGCCGCACCCUGUCCGACUACAACAUCCAGAAAGAAUCCACCCUGCACUUGGUGCUUCGUCUCAGGGGCGGCAUGCAGAUCUUCGUCAAAACCCUCACAGGCAAAACCAUUACCCUGGAGGUGGAGCCCAGCGACACCAUUGAGAACGUGAAGGCCAAGAUCCAGGACAAAGAAGGCAUUCCCCCUGACCAGCAGAGGCUGAUCUUCGCCGGCAAGCAGCUGGAAGAUGGCCGCACCCUGUCCGACUACAACAUCCAGAAAGAAUCCACCCUGCACUUGGUGCUUCGUCUCAGGGGCGGCAUGCAGAUCUUCGUCAAAACCCUCACAGGCAAAACCAUUACCCUGGAGGUGGAGCCCAGUGACACCAUUGAGAACGUGAAGGCCAAGAUCCAGGACAAAGAAGGCAUUCCCCCUGACCAGCAGAGGCUGAUCUUCGCCGGCAAGCAGCUGGAAGAUGGCCGCACCCUAUCCGACUACAACAUCCAGAAAGAAUCCACCCUGCACUUGGUGCUUCGUCUCAGGGGCGGCAUGCAGAUCUUCGUCAAAACCCUCACAGGCAAAACUAUUACCCUGGAGGUGGAGCCCAGCGACACCAUUGAGAACGUGAAGGCCAAGAUCCAGGACAAAGAAGGCAUUCCCCCUGACCAGCAGAGGCUGAUCUUCGCCGGCAAGCAGCUGGAAGAUGGCCGCACCCUAUCCGACUACAACAUCCAGAAAGAAUCCACCCUGCACUUGGUGCUUCGUCUCAGGGGCGGCAUGCAGAUCUUCGUCAAAACCCUCACAGGCAAAACUAUUACCCUGGAGGUGGAGCCCAGCGACACCAUUGAGAACGUGAAGGCCAAGAUCCAGGACAAAGAAGGCAUUCCCCCUGACCAGCAGAGGCUGAUCUUCGCCGGCAAGCAGCUGGAAGAUGGCCGCACCCUAUCCGACUACAACAUCCAGAAAGAAUCCACCCUGCACUUGGUGCUUCGUCUCAGGGGCGGCAUGCAGAUCUUCGUCAAAACCCUCACAGGCAAAACCAUUACCCUGGAGGUGGAGCCCAGCGACACCAUUGAGAACGUGAAGGCCAAGAUCCAGGACAAAGAAGGCAUUCCCCCUGACCAGCAGAGGCUGAUCUUUGCCGGCAAGCAGCUGGAAGAUGGCCGCACCCUGUCCGACUACAACAUCCAGAAAGAAUCCACCCUGCACUUGGUGCUUCGUCUCAGGGGCGGCAUGCAGAUCUUCGUCAAAACCCUCACAGGCAAAACCAUUACCCUGGAGGUGGAGCCCAGCGACACCAUUGAGAACGUGAAGGCCAAGAUCCAGGACAAAGAAGGCAUUCCCCCUGACCAGCAGAGGCUGAUCUUCGCCGGCAAGCAGCUGGAAGAUGGCCGCACCCUAUCCGACUACAACAUCCAGAAAGAAUCCACCCUGCACUUGGUGCUUCGUCUCAGGGGCGGCAUGCAGAUCUUCGUCAAAACCCUCACAGGCAAAACCAUUACCCUGGAGGUGGAGCCCAGCGACACCAUUGAGAACGUGAAGGCCAAGAUCCAGGACAAAGAAGGCAUUCCCCCUGACCAGCAGAGGCUGAUCUUCGCCGGCAAGCAGCUGGAAGAUGGCCGCACCCUGUCCGACUACAACAUCCAGAAAGAAUCCACUCUGCACUUAGUGCUCCGUCUCCGAGGGGGCCAGUAAAUGUCCCCUUCUCCUGUUCAUUGUGUGUUUAUUUGCUGAUUUGUUUUUUUUUUUGUUUUUUUUCACUUUCAUUUUUUUGUUUUUAAAAAAUUUUAAAAAAGAUGUUUAAUGUCAAAUAAAACAUGUUAAAACCUGCUAAA